CACGCUUGCGCUGACGUGAAAAUAGCUUUGAAGCUUUAGUCAUUUGGCAGUAACAGGAGUUAUCGAUGUCAAAUUCUUGGAAGAUGUGAUGCAUAUCCUGUAAUAAGGAGUGUGAAAUUCUAAAGACUGUUGUGAGGAGAGUUCCACACCAAAGAUGUCGUUGUUUAAGGCACGGGACUGGUGGUCCACCUCUGUUGGCGAAGCUGAGGAGUUCGGACCUGGCUGUCUUUGUGUGGCCAAUAUUGAUAAUGGUUCAGAUGGAUUAGACAAAGUCGUGACAGGAAGUUAUCAAGGAAUUCUGCGUGUUUACAACCCACGUCCUACCAAACAGGAAGAUGGGUGGUCCGGCUAUCGACCAGAAGACGUUCUGCUGGAGUCAUCCCUACCAAACCCAAUUCUACAAGUGGAAGCAGGAGUCUUCGCUUCGGGCUCUGACCUUCUCCACUUAGCUGUGCUGCACUCGAGAAAGUUGGCUGUGUACAAUGUGUCUGUGAUGUCAGGGGCUGUCGACCAUGGACGUCAGUAUCAGCUGAAAAAGACCUAUGAACAUAACCUUCAGAGAGCUGCCUUCAACUUCUGUUAUGGUCCAUUUGGAUCUGUUAGAGGAAAAGAUUUUAUUUGUGUACAAUCCAUGGAUGGAACAGUGUCUAUUUUUGAGCAGGAAAGUUUCUCGUUUAGUCGAUUCUUACCAGGAGCUCUUUUACCUGGACCCAUUAAAUACAUUCCUAAGUUGGACAGUUUUGUCACUGCCUCAUCCUCGUGGCAGUUAGAGUGUUAUAAAUAUCAGGUGUUAGCUGUCGCAACAGAUUCAAAGACAAAGGAAGAAUCACAAAGUAUGAAGUCUGGAAAACGAGUAAAUGUGUCUGGCCGGGGAACUGUAUGUGAGUAUGACUGGUGUUUUAAUAUUGGUGAGCAAGCAGUCGACAUCUUUGUUACUCAAUUCCAACAAAAUGCACCUCAGACAAUAUUGGUUUUAGGAGAAAGGACUAUAUUUUGUUUAACAGAAACUGGUAAACUUAAGUUUAUGAAGAAGAUGGAGUGUGAUCCCAGCUGUUUCCUACCUUACGCUUCAGUCAGUGACGGAGGAGUUAAUUACCUAGUGGGAUCCCACACUAAGUCCUUAAUGGUUUACCAGGACUGUACCCUCAAAUGGGCCGCCAAGCUGGACAACGUACCAAUGCAAGUCUGUGUUGGCACAUUUUCGGACCUAAAGGGCGUUCUAGUCACUCUGAGUGAUGAAGGCAGAUUGGAGUGCUCAUACCUGGGGACAGACCCGGCCCUAUUUAUUCCUCCGACGACGGAGGCACGAGAACUCAACUACCCCGACAUGGACCGUGAAAUGGCCAUGCUGCAGAAGAAGAUAAAACAACUAGCAAAUAAAUCAGUGAUUGUGCCAAGUGUGAAGCAGGAAGAUGACCUCACGAUUUCCUGCCAAGUCAACUCUAGUCUAGAUGAACCGUCUGUUGCCAUGGGUAUGGAGUAUGAGGAUGUUGAUGGAGUGCCGUCCAUCACUGUUAGGAUUCAGUUAAAAGCCAGACUACUUCUGGAGAAGAUAAAAGUGAUGGUACAUGUUGACCUCCCUUUGGCGUCCAGUUCACAGACAUUUGAUGUGUCAGAUGUGGAUCCCAAUAAACCGUCAGAACAUUUUGUGUCAUUCUUUGUACAGGGAAAAGGACUCCCUACGACGUUAACAGCAACAAUAUCUGCAAACUACAUCAGCGCCUCUGGAGCACCGAGGGUAGCCACUGGCAAAGUCAAGCUCCCUAUCAAACUGGUGGUGAAGCCAGUUUUGCCAGUAAAGAAUGCGGAAUACAAGAUUACACUAGAUUCAAACAAACCUCCUGCUAACCUUUUAGAUAUUUUCACAGAUUUAUCUGGGGAGAAUGCUGGGGGACAGGGAGCCGCUCUAGGGUUCCAGUACUAUGGAGGUCCUAUAGUUACAGUGUUGGCCUCUAAAACAUCACAGCGCUACAGACUACAAUGUGAUAAGUUUGAGGGCUUGUGGCUUGUUACCAAGGAGAUGGUGGGUCGCCUUAACAACCACUUCAGCAAAGGCAAAGUUGAGAGCUACUCUAUCUACUUCUCCUCACAGCUCCCCCUACAGGAAUACUUUGACCUCAUCGACAGUCAUUUCGAGCACCGCCUGAAUGCCAAGCGUUGUAGCGAAAUGCUAGCUCAACGAGCAUCACAGUUUCGUGCAAUACAACGUCGACUUCUGACACGAUUUAAGGAUAAAACACCCGCUCCUCUGGGUAACCUGGACACUUUGUUAGAAGGCACUUACAGACAGUUGUUACAUUUGGCGGAUGCUGUUGAAGACAACAAUAAAUCACAAGACAUGGCUGCUAACUCCCUCAACUGUGGAACACGUCUCUUCAACCUCCUCAUACGACUCUGGACCAGCAUGUCAGAUGAUGAGUUUAAAGUUCUACAACAGACAAUAACACCAGUCGUACCCAGUUCUCAAGAGCAGGGCUGGGAGGAGUCUGUGGAUGCGUCUGUGACACACCUUCUUCGUACAACCCUGGCCAAGUCCGCGAAGGACCAGACUCUAAAUCCACAACCUCUACAGAUGCCUGAUGACACAACUAAAGUCAAGAAACACAUCGCUCUUAUGUGUGACAAGUUAGGGAAGGGAGGAAGACUUGUGGAAGGCAUGCCUACAAAUACUGCAGUAAAUAUGGCUCCUUCACCACGAAAGGAGAAGAAGAACAAGAUAUCGGCCACGAGUAAAACUGUGAUGGAGAAUGGACACAUAGACACUAGUGAUGAUACAGAGACUCUGAUUGGUAGUCAGUUCGGUAAACAGAAACACAAACGAAAGGAAGCUGAUUCUUUAUCUUACCCCAAUGGAAUGUCAGAGUUACCUGCCCUUGGAUUACCAGUUGAAAAUCGGCCAGACGAGGGAGUAGAGUUCCAGAAGAAGAAACAGAUAGAGGCUAUGGUGCCAGACUUGGACGAUAUGGCUGAUCACAUGGAAGGUCCCGGUCUGGUUCCCUUAGAGGACUGACGAUGUUCCUCAUCACCACUGGACAUGGUACUGUAACCAGGAUGUGAACAUUGGUCCUCUGAAGAAUGAUCCUAAGGUUACCAGUGUUUUUAGACAAUGACAUACGUACGUUACAUGGAAACUGGGAUUCUUGUCACUGUGUCCAAAAGUGAGGCCAAUGCCUAAUGAUGACAUAGGAGGAUUGUGGUAUUUUUCUCAGUGAUGAUUCGUUGGAAGAUUCUUUCUCAGGUGAUGACUUGUGGGAAGAGUAGCACCCAUUCCCCCUUGAUGACUUGUGGGAAGAGUAGCACCCUUUCCCCCGUGAUGACUUGUGGGAAGAGUAGCACCCAUUCCCCCUUGAUGACUUGUGGGAAGAGUAGCACCCAUUCCCCCCGUGAUGACUUGUGGGAAGAGUAGCACCCAUUCCCCCUUGAUGACUUGUGGGAAGAGUAGCACCCUUUCCCCCGUGAUGACUUGUGGGAAGGGUAGCACCUUAUUCUGUGAUACUAAGUUAUGAGGAAAAUCAGAUCUUCGUCCCGUGAAUGACAUGCUGUGAGGAAAGUGAGAUUGUUGUGCUGUGAUGUCACAGAGAAUUUUGUCCCUUGGCCGUCCUGAAUGUUUUGUCCAUCUUGUUGAUUUCCGUCCAUAGAGUUUCGUCAUUGCAUGAAACAUUCUGCCAAACUUUGAAGCUUGAAAUGGUCCUGUAAACACGAUAUAUCAUAUUUUGUUAGGCAAAUUUACACAAAAAACAAUUUGUCAACAAGCAUUGUGAGGUAUUAUUGAAAUUAUGGUGCAGUG